AAUAUUCAACCUGGAAUACAGCGAAACAAUAUUGCGCGUGCAUUUCCUCAUCAAACACAUCUUGUGAUUUGUUUUGUUUUUAAUUAAAUAAACUACAUUACCUUUCUGAAUCAUGCUUUCGACUGCCUUUCAGGCGUUGCAGAUACUGUAGAUCUGUACUGCUCUAGUACUUCCUUGUUUACAUGAAUAGUAUAAUUUCUUUCGGGGUUUUCGAUUUGAGGAAGGGGGACAAUGUUUCCUGUAACAUUGAGUUGUAUGAUUGCCACUGCAAUUAUCUUGCUGUCAUGCCCCCUGUUUUCAGAGGGUAAACAGCCGCCGCACAUAGUAUUCAUUCUAGCUGACGACUUCGGCUGGAACGAUGUUGGAUACCACGGUUCAGAGAUCAAGACGCCGAAUCUGGACAAACUGUCGGCUAAAGGUGUCCGGCUGGAGAAUUACUACGUUCAGCCUUUAUGUACACCUUCCAGGAACCAAUUUAUGACCGGAAGAUAUCAGAUCCACACAGGCAUGCAGCACCAGAUCAUCUGGCCGUGCCAGCCCUACUGUGUUCCUCUGGAUGAGAAGCUGCUGCCACAGCUGAUGAGAGAGACAGGCUAUGCCACCCAUAUGGUGGGAAAGUGGCACCUGGGCAUGUACCGCAAAGACUGCCUGCCAACACGCAGAGGGUUCGACUCCUAUUUCGGCUAUCUGACAGGCAGUGAGGACUACUUCAGUCACCAGCGCUGCAGUCAUGUCCCUCUCCUGAACGUGACCCGCUGUGCCCUGGACCUGAGAGAGGGGGAGGAGGUUGCUACGGGAUACACAGGGACCUACUCCACUCAGCUGUUUACUGACCGGGUUACCAGCAUCAUCGCUAAACACAACUCCAAAAAGCCCCUCUUCCUCUACGUGGCUCUUCAAGCGGUCCACGCCCCUCUACAAGUUCCAGAGCGCUACGUCGCCCCCUACAGUUUCAUAAAGGACCCGAACCGCAGGCUGUAUGCUGGUAUGGUGUCCGCUAUGGACGAGGCUGUGGGCAACAUUACGCUGGCACUGCAGGAGACCGGCCUCUGGGACAACACUGUACUGGUCUUCUCUACAGAUAACGGGGGUCAGACUCUGGCGGGGGGUUCGAACUGGCCUCUGAGAGGCAGGAAGUGGUCACUGUGGGAGGGUGGGGUUAGGGGCGUUGGCUUCGUGACUAGUCCUCUGCUGAAACAACCUGGGACCGUCAGCCGCCAACUCAUACACAUCUCUGAUUGGCUUCCGACACUGGUGGGCCUGGCCGGGGGAUCGACCGAUGGGACGAAGCCACUGGACGGCUAUAAUGUGUGGAACGCUAUCAGUGAAGGUCACGCUUCACCCAGACUGGAGCUGCUACACAACAUUGACCCUCUCUACGUUGACAUCGCGCCAUGUCCAGGCAGUGCUUCCCAGGGGUUGCCUGUCUCUAAUGCUCCAGUGAGGCGAGGAGGCUCCACCUCCAACCCUUGGUCCUGGUCCAACUCAGGCUUCAACGUGUCUAUCCACGCUGCCAUCCGCAGCAUGCAGUGGAAGCUGCUGACUGGCUACCCAGGCUGUGACCGAUGGUUCACCCGUCCAGGCUUGGAGAACAGUUCUGGAACCAGUUCUGCUUCUGUUAGUCCUCUGAAGUCUGUGAUGCUGUUUGAUGUGGAGGCGGACCCAGAAGAAAGGGAUGAGGUGUCUGACCAGCACCCCAACGUGGUGGACAACCUCCUCAGGAGACUAGGCCACUACUUGCAGAGGUCUCAGCCAAUCACCUUCCCUGAUGACGACCCCAGGUGUGACCCUGGCACUGGAGCCUGGGGGCCCUGGGAAUAGACACAAUGGAUGGAUGACGAUGAAGGAGAAGUGUAAAGUGCCAGAUUCCAGCUAUGAAGAGACAUGAAGAGUAUUCAAGAUCUCAAUGAUCACUUUUCCUCCGGGAG